AAAAAAUACAUAAACAAAAACACCCCACUAUCAUCAGCCACUUUGCCUUUCUAGGUCGAAAACUCGCACGAAAUCUCGUUCGAGCCCUUUCUGCAAUCAGAAUCAGAAUCCCUAUAUAGCAAAGUUUUGACGCCAAAUCUAUAUUUGAAUUGCUUGGUUUGCAUCGAAGUUUUUGGAGUUGCAGAGACAAUCAAGAAUGCCUCCAAAGCAGCAAAAAUCGAAGGCCGAUUUGGCGAAGAAGCAGAAGGUUGUCGAAGACAAGACCUUCGGACUUAAAAACAAGAAUAAGAGCAAGAAUGUUCAGAAAUACGUUCAGACUCUACAACAAUCGGCUCAGCCGAAGCCCGACGCCACUAAACUCGCCGUCAAGAAAAAGAAAGAGGAAGAGAAAGCGAGAGAGAAGGAGCUGAAUGAUUUGUUCAAAGUUGCUGUUAGUCAGCCAAAAGUACCACUUGGUGUUGAUCCCAAGUCUAUAUUAUGCGAGUUUUUCAAGGCGGGACAAUGUACUAAGGGCUUUAAAUGCAAGUUCUCGCAUGAUCUCAAUGUUCAAAGAAAGGGUGAGAAGAUUGAUAUUUACAGUGAUACGCGUGACCAAGAAGACACUAUGGAAGAUUGGGAUCAAGAAACACUGGAAAAGGUUGUGGAGUCGAAGAAGAAUGAGUAUAACCAGAACAAGCCAACUGACAUAGUGUGCAAAUACUUUUUGGAAGCAGUUGAAAAGAAACAAUAUGGAUGGUUUUGGGUUUGCCCUAAUGGUGGCCAAAGUUGCCACUAUAGACAUGCUCUUCCUCCAGGAUAUGUUUUAAAAUCUCAAAUGAAGGCUCUACUUGAGGAAGAGAGUAACAAGAAACCCAUUGAAGACGAGAUUGAAGAACAGCGUGCAAAAGUAUCAACCACUACCCCAAUGACUACUGAACUGUUCAUGCAAUGGAAAAAGAAAAAGGUGGAAGAAAGAGAAGCUGGCUUGGCUGCACAACAAGCAGAGCGGGCUAAGAAUGAUCGCAUGAGUGGUCGGGAGUUGUUUCUGUCGGAUUCAAGCUGGUUUGUGGAUGAUGCUGAGGCGUAUGAAAAGUAUAACCGAGAAGAAGAGCAGGAGGAUUCAGAGAAGAAGGACAAGGACAAUUCAGCAGCAGCAGGAGCAAGCACUUCAACUGCAGUGGCUGAUUCUGAAGGGGCUCGACCUGAAGAUGAAGAUGAAGAUGACGAAGUUGAUGAUGAAGAUGAAGAUGAAGAUGACGAUGACGAGCUGGAUAUGGAUGAGUUGAACGAGCUCGAAGCCAGUUUAUCAAAAACAUCUAUUCAAAUUUCUGAGCCAGGUGUUGGGGCUUCAACUUAGGGGAGAGAAAUUGCUCAGUCCAAAAUAGAUUUGACGAGGGAUUUGGAGUACGUAUCCGGCUAUAAUUUAUAACUGUCUGUGAAAGAAUCUUAUAGUUUGAUCAGAGGUCCUAUUUGCACUUUCUUGUUUUUGUUUUCAUGCUGGGUAUCUGAUUUUCUAUUUGGUAGCCAUGAAUGAUUGCCUGAACCAUAUGCUGGAAAGAGGAGGGGAUUCUGUCUUAGACAACUACAUGCCUUUUAAAGCAGCAGUGUGAAAUGUUUAAAUUCCAAUGUCUUCCGAAUGGCAGAUUAAUUUGGGAUAUGACACUAAUAAAUGUUUGUGGUUCUUGUUUUU